AUGACUGCCAUCGAGUUCACCCCUGUCCACAGCAUCCCCAAGAUUAUCGCCGAUUCGCGUGCCACCUUCUUGACCCACCGCACCCAGUCCCUCGAGUUCCGCAAGCAGCAGUUGCUCGAAGAGAACGCAGCCGAUUUGUCGGCAGCAAUCAGGGCCGACCUGAACCGCUCCGCCGACUUUGAGAUCCCCACCUGCAUCAGCGCCACCAAGGAUUUCCUCGAUAACUUGGAGAAGUAUACGGAGAACCAGAAGGGCUUCAAUGUUGCCGAUAAGGAUGAUUCCUAUGUCCGUCUUUCCCCCUUUGGCGGUGGUGGUAAUGAUGAGACAAUCAUGUUGGUUGUGGAGCCAUUGGCAGGCGCUCUCGCAGCCGGCAACACCGUGAUCCUCAAGCCCUCCGAGAAUUCUGAGCACUCCGCCAAGCUCCUCACCCACCUCAUCGAGAAAUACAUGGACCCCACCAUCGUCUCCGUCAUCAACGGCGCCGUCGAAGAGACAACCGUCCUGCUCGAACAACGCUUCGACCACAUCAUCUACACCGGCGGCACCCAGGUCGGUCGUAUCGUCAUGCAGGCCGCCGCAAAGCACCUCACCCCCGUCACCCUCGAACUCGGCGGCAAGUGCCCCGCCAUUAUCACCUCCAAGGCAGACAUCCCCAAGGCUGCGCAAAAGAUUGCAGGCUGGAAGACCGCCAACUGUGGCCAGAUCUGUCUCACCGUCGAUUACAUCCUUUGUCCCAAGGACCUCCAAGAGUCCUUGAUCCAGAACAUCAUCGGAACUUGGCAGCACAUGUUCGGUGCCAACAUCAAGGAUAACAAGUCUUACCCCAAGAUCAUCAACAAGCGUCAGCAUGCUCGUCUCGAGGGAUUGUUGAAGGCCGUCAAGGCCGAGAACAAGGUUGUCUAUGGAGGAAACUCCGAUGCUGAGAACUUGUACAUCGAGCCUACGAUUGUCACGGGUGUGUCGCUCAAGGAUACCAUUAUGCAGGACGAGAUCUUUGGACCCAUCUUGCCCAUUGUUACGUCCGAGAGCUUGACCGAGUCAAUCAACAUUAUCAACUCGGGCGAGCAUCCCCUGGGACUCUACCUCUUCACUGAGGACAAGCAGGAGGUCGAAGAGGUCCUCUCCAAGACCCGCUCUGGUGCCGCCAUUGUCAACGACGUCGCUUCCCACUUCUUGAACCACUCGCUCCCCUUCGGUGGAGUCGGCAACUCGGGCAUGGGCCGCUACCACGGCAAGUACUCCAUCGAGGCCUUCUCCCACCAUCGCGCCGUCAUGGUCCGUUCCUCCCACCUUUAA